AGGAGCCUUGCUGGAGAUUUGGGGGCCGGAGGGUAUUCUUUGACCUCUGCGAGGAGUCACGUGGGCUUCCGGGGGCGGGGGCAGAAAGGCUGGAAAAGUUCCUUCCGGGUCAGUGACAGAAGGGUGAACUCCGUGGAGUAGUUCCUGGUAUCUAUCUUUCCUGCAUCUUCCUUGUCCCAGCGCGAGGUGAUUGUGGUUUCCUCGAUGAGCUCCCAGAAGGGGAACGUGGCUCGUUCCAGGCCUCAGAAGCACCAGAAUACGUUUAGCUUCAGAAACGACAAGUUUGAUAAGAGUGUUCAGACCAAGAAAAUUAAUGCAAAACUUCAUGAUGGAGUAUGUCAGCGCUGUAAAGAAAUUCUUGAAUGGCGUGUAAAAUACGGCAAAUACAAACCAUUGUCAAAGCCUAAAAAGUGUGUUAAAUGUUUACAAAAGACAGUAAAGGAUUCUUAUCACAUAAUGUGUAGACCAUGUGCCUGUGAACUUGAAGUUUGUGCCAAAUGUGGAAAGAAAGAAGACAUUGUUAUUCCGUUUAAUAAAGAACCAGAAGAUAUAGAAAAUCAUCUAUGUUCCAACCACAGGAAAAGCUGCAGAAGAAAUGAAGAAAGUGAUGAUUUAGAUUUUGAAAUUGACUUCAGUGACACAGAAAAUGAUAAUCAAAUGGAUUAAUAUAAUUGUAUUAAAAGUCAGUUUGAAAACAUGAAACUCUGAACAACUUUGUCUUUGAGGGUUUUAUUUUUUUAAAAAAUACUGUGGAAUCUUAAUGAUGAAAUUCAAAAAGCCUAUAGAAAAUAUGCAGAAUUUAUACAUGGGCAAUAUAUAAACUGUGUAUGAUAGCUGAAUAAUGAUAAAACUUUCAUCCAGAUUUUUUUUAUAAUAAAUUUUGAAGUCCAUAUGCUAGUAUAUCUACCACAAUGAGUACUGGAGUAUCAUAUUGCAAUUCUUGGAAAUUACUUAGAAAAAAUAUACUAUCUCAUAUCAAACUAAACAAGAUUCAGUUUUGAUGGUUAUGUGGGAACUAUCUCAUGGAAAAAUCAAGUGACUUUAUUAUGUUGCUAGCCUCAAAAAUUGGUCCUCAGGAAGUAUCUUUUGAUGGAUUGAUCUCAGGCAAAUGACCCACAUAACAAAAGCCCCCUUACUUACAUUUGCUUGUUAUAAAGCAAAAAGUUUAUCUGUUUUUAUAGUAAUGUUUAACAAGUGUAUGGCAAUUUUUCUUUGAAAGUGUUUUUCUAUAUCUUUUUUUUACUUUUUUCUCUUGUGAAAUAUACAUACAGAAAAAAUACAUAGAAUCUAUAUGUUUAGUUUAAUAAGUAGUUAUAAAGAAAAACCAUACAUCUGUCACCCAGGUGAAAAAACUACCCUUAAACAAUAUAAAUUUGCUUUGUCUGAUUUUUGAACUUUUUUUCUCUUUAUUUUGGAAAAAUCUCAAACCAUAAGAAAAGUGACAGUGUAGUACAGUGAACCUUUGUAUACCCUUCACUUAGAUUCACAGCUGUUAACCAUUUUGCUACAUUUUCUUUAUAUUUGAAUAGAUGUGUAUGGAUGUGUGUUUUAUUUGCUGAGUCGUAUGAAAAUAAGUGUCAGGCAUUGAUUUUGAACUUUAUAUAAACAUACUUACACUGUGCAUGUUAUUUUGUAUCUCUUCUUAUUUCAUUCUUACGGAGUUUAUGAGAUUGUUCCAUGUUGUUGCAAGAGCUCUAAUUUGUUAAUUUUACAUUACUGUGUUUUUAUUCUAUUGUAUUUACAUACCACAAUUUAUUUAUCCUCUCUAAGUUGUUUCACAAUUUGCCUGUUAUAAACAGUGCUUCCACAAACAUUGAUGUAGGUGUUUCUUGCUAUACAUGUCUUGUUUCUUGGUACAUUUUCUGUUAGGUAUAUCUAGCAGUGCUAGAGGGCAUUAGGUAUCUGCAUCUUCACUACUACUGCAUAAUGUCAAGCUGUCUUUACAGAAGAAUUGUUAUCUUCCUUUCCUGUAGCAAUGUAUUAGAAUUCCUGCGUUGUGUAUUCUUUCCAGCACUUGGAAUCAGACUUUUAAAUUUCUGUCCUUUUCAUGUGUAUGCAACAUGUGUCUGUUUUAUUAAUUUGUGUUUUCCCAGUUACUAAUAAGAGUCCCCUCUAACGUUUAUUGACUGUUUGGUUUUUGGAUAUAGAUGAUAUUAAGGAGUCAUUUUGUUAAAGUGUAGUAAUAUUAUUGGAGAAAUGUAUAUUGAAAUAUUUAAAAGUGUAAGAUCAAUUUUCUUUAAAAUAUUUCAGCAUAAAAAAGUAAAGAUCCAGAUGGCAUCAUCAUCAUUUCAGUAGCAUCAAAAAUAUAUUAACUAGGAAUAAAUUUUAAAAAUACUCAAGAACUCCAUUGACAAAAAUAUAAAAUCUUAUCAAGACAUUAAAAUUAAAUGGAGAGGUAAUUGGAGAAAGAUAAACAGAGAGAGACAUUGUGUUCAUGAUAUAGAAGCCUCUAAGUUUACAAUCUACGGAAAAUUUCUCUACCACAAAUUUGUGUGGUUUACCUUUUUUUUCUGAGCUAUGUAACUUUUGUGGUUAAAGAGCCAACUAAAUUAUUAUUAGAUCUAGCAUGAAUUCUUUCCCAUGGGAAUGAGUUAUAAUUUCUCAGAGUACCUUACUAGAGAGAAAUUUAACAAAGAGCAUCACCUAGUGACAUAUACUAAUAUCUACAUUUCAUUCUUUAGUGCUAAGGGAGAUUUUGUUUGGUUUUUUAAAUAGACUUUAGUUGCUGCAUUUAGUAUAUUUGCAUACCUUUACUACUAUCCUUUCUAAUCUAAAAAUUAUUUUUGUUGGAACUCAUCAUGGAUCUAAAUCUGGGCUCUGCCACUUGCUAGCUGUAUGAAUUGUCACAUUAAUCUUCCUGUGCCUUGGUUUUUAUGAGGUUGAUAGAAGGAUUAAGUAUUUUGAUAUGUAAAAUGCUUGGAACCUAUGAGAGCACUAAACAAUUGAUAUUAUUGCUACUAUGUGGCUAUAUAUAUAUAUAUAUAUAUUCAUUAAUAAUUAUUAGUUGGAAAUGAAGUAAUUAGUAAUUCUUAGUAAUGAAGAUGUCAAUUUGGUUGUUUGUCUACAUUCUGCAAAAGAAGAGUUAUACAUAUAUGUUCCAUAUAUAUGGAAUGCAGAAUGUGUGUGUAUAUAUAUAAGCAGAGUUUGUGCUUUCAACUACUGCUCUGUAGUAUCACUCCAUCACAUGUCAAAAGCAUUUCUAAAGGUAAACAGAGGAAGCUGUAUUCAGAUGGAGGGCAUGGCAUGAACAAAUUAUUUGGUGACUAAAAAGGCUUGAGAUAAUAAUAGUAAUAAUAUAAUAAUAGCUAUUCAUUCAUUCAACAAAUAAUCAUUGAGCACCUAUGUGUGCAAGGUACAGCAAUGAACAAAGCAAGAGAUCCCUAUCCUUUCUGACAAAACCUUUUAUUGGGUGGAGACAGGCAAUAGGCAAUAAACAUAGUAAGUAAAUUAUAAGUUAGAAAAUAGAAAGUGCUAUGGGGAAAAAUUAGGCAUGGUAGGGUGAUUGGGAGUCUAAGGGUGCGGAUGGGGUGGGGAUGAGGGUGCACAAGUUGAUGGGAAGUGGGCUAUGAUUUUUAAAUAUGUUGGGGAAGAAUAUUCCAGGCAGAGGAAACAGCCACUAUAAGGUGGUGUGUUCAAGGAACAGCAAGGAAGGGAGUGAUUAAGUUGGAGAAUUGUUAAAAAAAAAAAAAAAAGAAAGAAAGUUGGAGAAUUGUAAGAGAGAAGAUCAGGAAGGUAUUGGAGGCCAGAUCAUGUGAAACCUGCUUUUAAGAUUUAUUUUUUUUAAUCUUUGGUUUUCAGCCAUUUGACUGAUUUCUACCGUGUGAAUUUCUUAUUUAUACUACUUACAUUUUUCUGAGUAUCCUAAAUCUUUUGGGCACUGUUCUUAAACAGACUUGGAAAAUUGUUGGCCAUUGUUUCUUAAAAUACUGCUUUUUCCUAUUCUUUUCUCUCCUUCUAGUACUCCAGUUAUACAUACUGUUAAACCUUUCUGACUAUGUCCCAAACAUGUCUUUCUCAUGCUCUGCUUUUCCCCUCCAUUUGUUUUUUCCUUUCUUUGUUUCAGUUUGUAUAUUUUCUAUUGAUCUUUCUUUGUAUUUGUAAUUAAUGUCUUCUAUAUAAACAGAAUUAGUGUGUUCAGUAUGCUUUUAAGCCCAUCUAAUAAAUUCUGAAUUUCCGAUACUAAAUUUUGCAGUUCUUAAACAUCCACUUGAUUUUCUUUGUAGAUUAUAACUGUUGAAAUAUUCCAUACUACCUAUCUUGUGCAUCUUUUUCUAUGUUUUUCUGAUGUAUUAUUCACAGUUAUGUUGAAGUCCUUGUUCACAUUUGUUGGCAUUUAUUGAUUAUUUUAUCUCUUGAUUAUUGGUCACUUUACCAUGCUUUUCACAUCUAAUAAUUUUUAUUUGUGCCAGAAAUUAUGGAUGGUACAUUUUAGACACUUCCUCUGAAAAAUAAAUUACUGUAGAUCACUUGAUCCUGUCAAAACCUGAGUUAAGGCUUUGUCAGGGGUGGUCUAUUUCAGUUUCACACUUA